CAAACCAAGCCGUUCAGAUGUAAAGAUGGGAGAAACCGGAAAGUUGCAGCUUUAAGCAUCAUGUUAUCAGAAUGACACGCCGUUUGGUCAUAAAAUACAGUAAUUGAGGAGAUAGUGAUUACUUAUUUUUUAUAGCAGUGUUUUGCUCUGGUUGAAGAUGGCGCAAGCACUGUCAGAAGAGGAGUUCCACCGCAUGCAGGCUCAACUCUUAGAGCUGAGAACGCAGAACUACCAAUUGUCCGAUGACUUGCGGAAAAAUACAGCAGAGCUCAACAAUGUCCGUCAGAAGAUCUUGACUUUAGAGAAAGAUUACGUCAAAGCACAGAAGGCUUUGAAUAAGAGCAAGAAAGCACAGGAGGUAGAUGCCUUACUCAGUGAGAACAAGAUGCUGCAGGGCAAGUUACACAGUCAGGAAGAUGAUUUCAGACUGCAGAACAGCACCCUAAUGCAAGAACUUUCCAAGUUAUGUUCCCAGAUCGAGCAGUUAGAACUAGAGAAUCGGGGGUUGAGGGAGGAUCAGGGUCUGGAAAGACCCAUCUCCAGCCCCGCCUCAGGUCCAAUAGAUGCCGAGCUUCUGCAGCCACAGGCUGAGGACUCUGACAUGCAGAAGAAAUUAACAGCUCUUCAAGAACAUUCAGAUAUUUAUGUUGGGAAAGCUGUGCUUAACGAUGGAUCAGCUGACACUAAUGGUGUCCAAUCAGAUGCCAGCGGUCACAGUGAGGACACUGCAGCCCAGGGCAAUGAUGAGCUAGACAAGGAUGAGAUGCAGUGCACUAAACCAGAACAGCAAGAUAAUAAGCUGAGCGAGGUGGUGUUAAAGCUUCAAAAAGAGAUGAAAGAGAAAUGCUCACUGAGGGAACAGCUUCAGGCACUACAGACAACCAAACAGACAGAAAUCACAAAACUACAAGAAGAGAACGCUAAAUUUUCUGAGAAAUUGAAGAAAAAACAAGAGAGCUUCCAGCGGCUACAAGUUGAAAAGGAAGCACUUUACAAUGACAGCAGGACUAAAAUUGAUGAGAUCCAACAGCGGAAAGAGGAGGACCUUAAAUCCAUAAACCUCCGUGUGCAGAAAUUGCAGGCAGAUUUAAUGACCGCCAACCAGAACGUUGCUGAAACGAAGGAGCAGUUGCUGAGUAAACAGAAAGAUCAUGAGAUGACCAUCCAUGCGCUCAAAGAUCAGGUAGCGUGUCAGAGCGCUGUCAGUCAGGAGCAGGUGGAGGGUAUGCUGAGUGAGAAUGAUGCUCUCAGGACAAAUCUAGCGGCCCUAGAACAGAUACAAACCGAGAAGACUCAGGAACUGAAUUUGCUGAGAGAGCAAAAUAUGGCGCUCAACAUUGAGCUUCAACAGAGACGCACCGAGCAGGAGGGCUUCCUGGCGCAGAGAGAUGACCUUAACUCACAGUUUCAGGAGUCAAACCGAGCCAAUGGUCGCUUAUUGGAGCAACUCGCAGAACUGGGUCUGCAGAAAGACAAACUACAACAGGAGUUAGAAGAGGCAAGAAAGACUGCAGAUAAGCGAAAGGUGAUGCUUGAUGAACUGGCCAUUGAGACCGUACAGGUGAAGUCUCGACACAAAGAGGAACUGAGUGAUGUACGUCUCCAGCAUGAGAAGGAGGUGCUGGGCAUCAGGGCACGCUAUGAGAAGGAGCUCCGCGGCCUCCAUGAGGAGAAGAACCGCACAGAAGAGGAGAUCCGCUCACAGCUAAGAGAUGAGAAAGCUCGUACCAAAGAGUUGGAGGGGCUUCAGCUGUAUGUGGAGGAAUUGAAAGCUCAGGUUCAGUCUAUGGAGGGAACAAAGGGCUGGUUUGAGCGCAGACUCAAGGAAGCAGAGGAGACCAUGGAAAAGAACAAUCUGGACCAUGCAGAGGAGAUCCAGCGACUACAUAAAGAACACACAAUCCAGCUGGAGGCUAAAGCUGCAGAGGUGGAGGCAGUCAAACAGCAAGUGACAAAGAUGGAGAAAGAGAGAGAAGAGCUCGACAACACAAUCAGCAAACUCAAACAGGAGAUUAAAGACACAGUGGAUGGCCAGAGAAUCCUGGAGAAAAAAGGCAGUUCGGCGCUGAAAGACUUGAAGAGACAACUCCAUCUGGAGAGAAAGAGAGCUGAUAAACUCCAGGAACGCCUGCAGGAGAUUCUAACCAACACUAAGACCAGGACGGGUCUGGAGGAGCUGAUGUUGUCAGAGCUCAGUUCCCCGAGCCGUACACAGCAGACGGGUGACAGCAGCAGUAUUUCCUCCUUCAGCUACAGGGAGAUUAUGAAAGAUGGGGCAUCAGCUCCCAGCACCAAUAAGUCCAAUACCAGCAGCCCUCAGUCUCAGCGACCUGCUGACCUUUCAGACGAUGAGGUCAGCGAGCUCUUCCAAAGACUUGCAGAGGUCCAACAGGAGAAGUGGAUGCUGGAGGAGAAGGUGAAACACUUGGAGGUCAGCUGCACAUCAAUGGCUGAUGACAUCUGUAAAAAGAGCACCAUUAUUGAGAUGUACGUCAUGGACAGCAGGAGAGAUAUAUCAGGAGGAGUUGGGGUGGCCCAUGGUGCUCAGGGAGAACGUGGAAGUUUGAGCUCUGUGCUAAGGGACUUCGUGAAACCUGGAGAUGAGAACCUGCGUGAGAUGAACAAAAAACUGCAGAACAUGCUGGAAGAACAACUGACAAAGAACAUGCAUCUACAGAAGGAUCUGGAAGUUUUGUCUCAGGAGAUCUUCUGUUUGAGUAAAGACACCGGCCCUGCGGAAAACUCCAAAGCUACGGGCUAAAACCAAACACAUCCGCCCAAUGAUUUAAUACUCUUCUCUAGCUCUCGUCUCUUCAUGGCUACCAGAAAUAAACUCCACCCAUCUGUUAAGACAUGACCUCCAGCUGAAAUCUCAGAUGAACAAGAAAGAUGGAGGGUCAAAGUGCGUGUCCAUCUGUGAUUUACAUACUACUGAAUGUAACGUAACACUUUAUAUGUAUUUUCGUGGAAACAGCUGGUCAAAAGGGGCAUCUUACCACACCCCUUGCUGCUUGAUAUCCGUGAACUGUAUGCACGGGACAGUGGCGUGACAUUUGUCGUCCAAACGGGCCUCUACCCACCACUAAUUCCACCAUUCAGGAGAGUCAUACAUUGGUGUCUUUAAACUGCUCACUGUUGUGUUGCCUGUUUUGUAUAUUUGUUUCACUAAAGAAGCUUUUUCUGUGUGUGAAUGUGUGUAUAUGGGGCAUCGAAGAGAUCUGAUCAUCAAAAUUGUAUUUAUGUGUGCAAAAAAAAAAAUCAAAAUAUCGUAGUGUCUCGUAGUAUCUCUACAGAAUGCUGCUUGGUGCAUGAUGUUUCCUAAUCAGGAAGAAAAAAAAUAGGCUACAAUUUGCAUCAUAAAAGUUUUGCUGGGUUCGUUAUAUAAACAAAUUGAGAGUUUUUUGUUCGAUUUUAAUCGCUGUGAUAAUAUCGGAGCAUUUUAUGGGGGCUCUCAAAAUGUUCCUGUGAAGGAAAGCGGCUCCCAGGACAUGUUAAGCAGCAAUCUUUCCGCAGCUUAACGAUUUAAUUUGAUUUAAUUAGUCUCAGAACUGACAACACUGUUGAGAAACACCGCAAUUUCUUGCAGCGCCUACCUGACUCACGCUCUAUUCCCGUGGAAAAACUGGUGUUUUUCAACACCAGUUUUGGCCGUAUUUGUUGAUGCCCCUUGUUCUGAUUUUCAUUUCGUGAAUGUUGCGACAUCAUUCCACUUUUACUAGUUCAACUUUGCUUUGUAAGCAUUUUAAAUUCUGACACAACAAAAACGUUUUUAUUUGGAUUGUGUUAGAAAGUUAAAUAUUUAACAACAAUGAAUUGACAGUAAUUGUUGGGACAUUUCAAUCUGAACUUUGCUAAACAGUAUUCCGCUGUUUUUGUGAUGGAGAGUUUGUUGAAAAUGCAAAAUGUAUUUUGCAUCAAUCCUCAGGAUCAGUUUUUGUGUAACAGUUUUCAUUGAAAUCAAUCCCUCUUGUAUCUUGAUUUUUUUUUAAAUCGUUAACCAACAUACAACAGACAUUUGUUGUAGUUAACACACAUUUAAUAUGCCACAAUGAUAGACUGAGUAAUAGACGUACAGUUCCCUGUGUCAAUUUCCCAAAAAAAGAUUAUCACCUAAAUUAAUUUGGACUUGUCCAUCCUUUUCUUAAAAGAAAAAGCAAAAAUCUGGGUAAUAGUGAGGCACUUACAAUGGGCCCAAUUCAAAAGCAUUCAAAUAGACACUGUUUAAAAAUGUACAGCCACAAAACGCAAACAAUAUGUGUUAAAAUGAUUUUAAAGUGAUAAAAUUGCAUACUAACCUUAUCUGUGUAAAGUUAUAUCCAAAUUUACAACCUUGUUGCCAUUACGUAGUAAUGCCAUAAACCCUAAAAUGAUAAUUUAAACAACUUUACGGCUAAAAUAAUACACUAAUUUUAACAGAAGAACUAAUGUGCUUUAUAUAU